CUCGAUGACCAAAUAUUCUUUACCACGCUUACCUAAUCAAUUAUUAAUCCGAGAUUGAUCAAAAAACAUCUCACAAAUCAUUUAUUUCUCUUCGUGAGAACCUCAUUCCACUCUACACCUUCACCUCUACGUUUUCAUGAAUUUUUUCCGACCAGGGAGAUCUGUCAAUUCUCCGGUAAGUCAAUCUACUCCUCAUGUUGCGUUCUUCUCCUAACACAUACCGAAUGUGCAGAACUCUCUUUAAACAUUCAAACAUCCGAUCAUGAUUUUGAACGCCUUCACUAUAUUUGACUUACGCCAUUGCUUCCUCCAAAGCUGAACGAGUCCAAUGCGUAGCAUCUUCUCUCAUAUUAUAACUCAGGGAAUUACCACGUAUUAGUGACUUACCAAUGACCAGAGUUCUAGCUCAAAAAUUCUUCUUUGGAAGGAGGUCACCGAUUAUCAAUUUUUGGCAUCGCGUACCAGUUAUCCCAAGCGACUUCAAAACUCGUUUUCAACAUGCUUCGACGUCUCUAUACUCAACAGAAAGAGGCGGGGUAUCGCCUAUAUCCAGAGAUGUCUUGGAUAAACAUGCAAAGUUGAAGUCAAUUCCUAGACCUCUCGAACGUGUUUAUGCGCCUCAGUGGCGGAGAGCGAAAGCAUGGGACAGAAUAUUCAGUCCUCACUGGGACCAUCAAAGAUACAAGGCAGAAUACAAUGAAAGUAGCUAUGUGCCUCUCUGGGACAUUGCACCUGGCUGUCUUCUUUUUCUUAAGGGUAAAACAAGAUUGGCUCCCGAAUCCCUCAAAGAGGUCGAAAAAUAUGCUCACCCUGACGUGUGUGGCCAUCAUGUUGUGGUAUUGGCAGUCGAUGUCAAAGGAGUUAACGAAGGUACAGUUGGCUUGGCGACAAUUAGAAGCUUCUCCCAACAUCAAGAUCAGUGUCGAUUCCUUGGUUUAGAUUGGUUUGAUACUACACACUUUGAGAUACAACAGAGAGGCAAGAACCUACCUCCACCAGUUGAGCAUAAUAUAAAAAUAUUGCGGUUAUACAAAACCCCCUGCUCAAAUCAAUAUCAUGAACGACGACAACUUGUUGAAACGGGCACCAUCUUUAUCGUUCCGUACCAGGAGUUAAUGACCGAAGUCAGAUUUCCCGCAAGAUAUUGUGACUCGUGGUACCCCUCUUCUUUUCUUAAUGGAUGGUCUAGACGCAUCAUUAAAGAAGAUUUUUUCACCAUGUGUGAAAACAUUGGCUUCACACCAGAUCCAUGGGUUAGUAGUGGUCCAUAUAUGUGGAAGGAAUUUGUCAAGAAGACUGGAAUCGACACAUUUGGCCUUGAUCUCGAAGAUCCCGCACUAUACGACGAGAAGGCCUUUUAUCAACAGAUGUGGGAGGAAGGACAGAAGGAAUAUAACAAGUUCUAUAGUUGGUCUAGAAUUGUUCAACAAAGCUCAAAUGAUUACUCACCUCUAGGGUGGGUUUUCGACCGUGAGCCGUAUAAAGGAGGGCUCAUACGCAGGAAAAUGAGUGGUCACGGCUUGAUUCGCAAAGUAGAUCCAUUCAACCGUGAGAUGUUUAGAGUUUAAGAUGCUCUAGUUGCGUCCUAUAUACACAAGAUGUAUUUCAAUUCUAUAUUUGUUGAAGCUAGGUUUACUUUGAUGUCCUCAUAAUCUAUCAACAUUAUACAAUUUCCGAGUGCUCAGCACCAUAAAACACCGAAUGGCUUAUUGGGCAACCGAUAAUUACGGUUAUUCUUGCCGGGAGACUGUAAGUAGUGUUCUAGCAAUGGGAUUAACAUAGCGAGAACCAAUCCCAACUAUGAGUUUUCCUAUAUAAUUUCAUCAUCUCAUCGAUCAUCACUUGUUUCUUAUAUCUUAGAACCAGAUAUGAAUGGGCGGUAUAACAUGUGGGAGUAUCAUCAAGAUUCAAGUUUAACGUAACC